AUGAAUGCAUCACUCGGAAUGGAUGAUGAUGAGUAUUUAAUUAGGCAAGUAGAAGCAGUUGAAGCAUCUUUUGGAUUGAACUCACAGACGGCUGAACGGGUGCAAGGUUCCAAGGAUAAAGAUAGUGGAGCGGCUGUAGAUGCCGUAUGCGGGGUUAAUCCGGCUUCGAGUAAUAUACUUCAACAAAACAGUACGCAACAAGAGAAGCAAAAGAUCUGUGCACUAGGAACAAUAAUGGAGAAUGAAAGUAAAAAGCGGGCUCACGUUGAAACAGCUGAAGAUGCCGUUUGUGGGGUUAAUCCGGAUAAUAUGCAUCAACAAAACUGUAUGCUACAAGAGAAGGAAAAGAGCUGUGGAGAAGGAACAGUAGUGGAGUAUGGAAAUGAAGAUGAAGAUGAAGAUGACGAGGACUAUGAUUAUAAUGAAGAAGAAUAUGAAGAUGAAGAUGAUGAUGAAGAUGAAGAUGACGGUGAAAAUGAAUAUAAAGAUGAUGUUGGAAAUGAAGACACAAACGAAGAUGACAAGGACUAUGAUUAUAAUGGCUGGCAUGAGUUUGUUGGAAAUGAUUGUGAGAGAGACGAAGAUGAUGAUUUUGUAGAUGUCCACCAAAAGGAGGGCGUGGUGGACGGUCUGGUCGUAACGGUUAUGAGCGUUCUGGGGUCACCGAAGUUAGAGGUCAAGGGUCUGGAAGAGGCCAAUGGUCAAGGGCUACAGGUGGAUCUUCGUCAAGCAAACAGCGUUGCAAUAUGA